UGUAGAAAUUGUAAACAAAACAAAAUUUUGUAAUUGUUUAUAAGUUUCCAUUCCGUGUACAAAAAAAUUGUAUUGUUACUAUUUAAAUAUAGUUUAAUUGACGUUCUAAUGGACGGGGCGUAUACAGAUAAAUAUUCAUUCGUUGGUGAAUGGUAUGAUAAUCAGGCAAGCCUGGUACGCCGGUUCAAUGUGUUUUAUUAUCCUACUGAUGAUACCAUUGAAAUAUAUGACUUAAAAAAUAGAAAAACUUUCGUGAGACGAGUUAAAGUAGAUGGAAUUGCUUUGGAGAAUUUCUAUAUUGGAUGUACACUAUACAUUUUAGGCCGUUUAAUAAAAAUAGUUGACUUUGCUUGUGAAGCUACUAAAAGGAAGUUGCAUAAGGACAUGCAAGUCACAUUUGCUAUGAUCAAACCAGUACCAACCAAUGUGGUGGGUAAAAUAAUAACACAUUUCUACGAACAUGGACUCAGAGUGACCAAGAUGAAGAAAGCAAUACUCACUGCUGAUGAUAUUAAUAUAAUUUAUGCCACUCAGGUCACAGACCCAACAUUUCCAUUUUUGUUAGAUUUUCUUACGGGUCAGUUGGUAUAUGGAUUAGAGCUGGUUGGGAAGGAUGCACUAACAGUUUGUUUUAAUAUUCUUGGAGAUAAAGAUCCAACAAAAGCUGCCCCAGGUACUAUAAGAGCCCUGUAUGGAACUGAUCCAGUACGAAACUGUGUGCAUAUUUCACCUAGUAAAGACGCUGCAGUACAGGACAUUGAAUAUUUUUUUCCACCACCCCCACUUCGUUCUGUACGGCUACGACUGACGGCAACAUUGUCCAAUUGCACAUUAUGUAUAGUGAAACCACAUGCCAUUCGGGAAGGCAAACUGGGGACCGCCUUGGAAGUCAUUGACGAAGGUGGAUUUGAUGUUACGGCACUAAAUAUGUUCAUUGUUGAGAAUAUCAAUGCUGCCGAGUUUUAUGAGGUGUAUAAGGGAAUUGUACCAGAAUAUAAGGGCAUGGUGGAAGAGCUAUCUAGUGGACCGUGUGUCGCCAUGGAGAUAGUUGCUAAAGAUAAAACCGUGAACAGUGCUGUUGAGUUUAGAAAACUAGUCGGACCUUCGGAUCCUGAUAUAGCGAGACUACUGCGACCUCAUACAUUAAGAGCAAAGCUAGGAAAAACCAAGGUCCAGAAUGCAAUACACUGUAGUGAUUUGCCCGAAGAUGGGUUAUUAGAAGUUGAAUAUUUCUUCAAAAUAUUAGACUUAUAAAGUCCUCUUAAUAAAAUACAAGACUGACUAAUUAUUACUUUUAAUUAU